CAUGGAAUCUUCUAUGAGAAGACCUAAGUUCCACAAAGCCUACGGCAGGACCAAAGCCAAUGCGCCUUGCAAGAGACACCCCAAACACAUACAAUCUCCAGGGGUUUGCUCGCGCUGCCUCAACGAAAAGCUCUUCCGAUUAGCCAAUGGCCGCGCCAAGAGACCUGCGAUUUACUCGGCCUCCUCCUUGUCUUCCUCCUCGUCCUCGUAUAUUUCAUCCCUGUCGUCUUCGGAUGAGUCUUCGUAUUCCUCUCCUGUGUUGAGCUACGCCCCCUCGAGGAUUUUGAAGAAGGAAACGCUAAAGAAGAGCCGAUCAACGUCGCAGGGAUGGAGAGAAGAGGAGGAUCGAAGCGUUGGGAUUUUGAAACGGGGGUUUUGGUCAAGUCCAAGAGAAGGAGAUGACGGCCGUGGUCCAUUGCUUGAGAACUUGGAGGGUUGUCGGUAA